AUGAUCAGAAUGUCGAAACAGAGGAUUGAUUUAGAGAAAGCCAGGCACAAGACUGUGGUUACCUCUGAUGUUAGACAACAACUUGUGGUAAUGAACCAGAAAGCUAAGGAUGAAUGGGACAGAAAGCUGGCUGAAGCAGAGCUCCGGCGAGUAAAUGAACCUGACACUGGUGAUGGAGCCGAAGGCGACAAGGAAACAGAAGGUGGGAGAGGAAAAGCACCCAAGUUGAGCAAAGAGGAGGAUGUCAAGAUGAGAACAAGGGCAGCAAACAUGAUGGCAGCCAGGGCUGCUGUUGGGGGAUCCUGUAUGUUUGAGGAAAAAGUUGGUGGUAAGAAAUUUGGGAGGAGCCAGGUUGCCGGAGCACAGCUUAUGGAGGUACGGAGUUUAACCAUCAAGGACGUGGACAUGAUUGGAGGAUGGAACGAGAGGCCCAGUGCUGUCAAAGUCGACUCUGAUCUAUAGGCUGUACGAGAAAAUCCAGUCCAAUCCACCACCAGAAUGAUAGGACCGGACCUGCUGCAGAUCCAAACCAGCCACCAUGAAUUCAGUUGGGGAUAAUUUGGUUGCAGAACACAGUUUGUUGAUUGUACUUAUAGAGUAGUUGUUGUUUUCCGUUGGUCUUUGAACACACUGCUCUACUGAGCUCGUUAGAUUGUAAAUUCCCGGUAAGAGUACCAUUAGCUUCAACCCAGGGAGAGAAAGUAGUAGUUGCUUGAACAGACUGCUUAUUACUGUACAGAUGUUGUGCUGAUGACUGAGGACCAAGAGUUGAAUACAUAGUAUAUACAUGGAUGUUCUCCGCUUUGCCUAAAAACCGG